AGUAAAUUUACUAACUUGGUCUGUUCUUUCUUAUUUAAAUUAGGUUCAACAGCAUUGCAUAAACUGUGGGGUUUGCAUGGGAGAGUACUUUUGUUCGAAAUGCAACUUUUUCGAUGACGAUGUCUCAAAAAAUCAGUACCAUUGCGAUGAAUGCGGUAUCUGCAGAACCGGAGGUGCGGAGAAUUUUUUCCAUUGUGAUAAAUGCGGAUGUUGCUAUUCUAUGAUGUUGAAGAACUCUCACAAUUGUGUUGAAAAAGCUAUGUAUCAUAAUUGUGCCGUUUGCUUCGAGUUUCUCUUUGAUACGACAAAAGACAUAACUGUCCUACCAUGUAGCCACACAACACAUUUGGAAUGUGUAAAAGAGAUGCAACGGCAUUUACGGUAA